AUGAAGAGGCAAACUCGCAAUUCAAUCAUAGGGGAUAAGUACAGGUGGCCAACGACGAUCCCAUACUACAUGGAAGAUGACUUAGAGAUCAAUGCAAAGGGUGUAAUACUGAAGGCUUUUGAGCAAUACCGACUCAAGAGCUGCAUCGACUUCGAGCCUUGGAGCGGUGAAGCAAACUACAUCUCCAUCUUCAAAGGAGGCGGCUGUUUCUCCUCUGUGGGAAACCGGCGAGUGGGGAAGCAGCAAUUGUCGAUAGGGACGAACUGUGACCGCAUCGCCACCAUUGAACACGAGUUCCUUCAUGCUCUGGGUUUCUGGCACGAGCAGUCCAGAUCAGACCGUGAUGAUUAUGUCAGAAUCAUGUGGGACCGCAUCUCAGAGGGUAGAGAACACAACUUUAACACCUACAAUGACACCACCUCCAGCUCUUUGGGUGUACCGUAUGACUACGGCUCCAUGAUGCACUACAGUAAAAACGCCUUCCGCAACGGAACCGAGCCCACCAUCGUGACCAAGAUCCCUGCUUUCAGCGAUGUCAUCGGACAGCGAAUGGAGUUCAGUGACAGCGACCUGCUCAAGCUUCACCGCCUCUAUAACUGCACCGAGGGCUCAACUUUCCUGGACUCAUGUGACUUUGAACGAAACAUCUGCGGCAUGAUCCAGGGACAGGGUGACAAGGCCGACUGGGUCAGGGUUGACAAAGCUACAGGAGGGCCGGACACUGACUACUCCAACAUGGGCCAAUGCACAGGCUCAGGGUAUUUCAUGCACUUUAACGCCGGCGCAGCCAGCAACGGGGACACAGCUCUGCUGGAGAGCAGGAUACUUUACCCCAAAAGAGGAUACCAAUGUCUGCAGUUCUUCUACUACAACAGUGCAGGCCCCAGUGACACACUGAGGAUCCACGUCAGAGAGUACGACUCAGCUAAUCCCAAUGGAACACCACGCCUCAUUACGACCAUAGAUGGACCUCCUCAGGAGCUGUGGCAGCUACACCACGUGAGUCUAGACGUUAAAAAGAAAUUCCGUGUCGUCUUUGAGGGGACAAAAGCGAGUACAGGGGCUUCAUCAGGGGGACUGUCCUUAGACGACAUAAACAUCUCUGAGACCACCUGCCCAGAGUCAUGGCGUGUGAAAAACUUCAGCCAUGUUAUGAGUAACACACCAGCAGACACUCCUAUCUACAGCCCCACAUUCAAGUCAAAGGAGGGUUACAGCUUCCAGAUGGGGCUGUACCCGAGCGGGAAGGCCGAUUAUCCCGAGCUGUCAGCCUAUGCUCAUCUGGUGGAGGAAGGGGAAACUGGGCAGAAAUGGCCAUCCUGGAAGCAGAUGACCAUGAUGCUUAUGGAUCAGCACCCACACAUCCAAAAGCGCAUGUCUAACCAGCGCAGUGUCACUACCGACCCCAACAUGAAAGCAGCAGGCUCUAGCCUGUUUUUUCUGGAACGACCCUCGCAAGGGGGUGUUGAGAUCAAGGAUUCAGACGGGUCCAAGUAUUUCAGAGGGCCAGGUGCUGGGACUCCGGUGUAUCUCACCCACCUCAGAGCCAAAAGCAGGGACUUUAUAAAGGGAGGAGACGCCAUCUUUCUCCUCACUAUGGAGGAUGUGUCACAUCUGACAGUGACCCAGCCUCGGCCUACAACACUACCACCCCCUGACCUCUGCCUCAAUGUGGAGUGUCUGAAUGAUGGCCUCUGUGUAGUGGACGCAGGGAAGGCUGCUUGCAGGUGUGCAGUGGGAGAGGACUGGUGGUACUAUGGGAACAGGUGUCAGCACAAGGGCACCAACCAGGAUAAAACCACCCUGGCACUCGCCUCCUCUCUUUCCGUGCUUGCAGCGAUGCUGUUGAUCACAGCAGUCAGUGUUGUCUGUGUGAAGAAGAAGUAUAAAAAGCAAGCAAAGGACAACGCAGUUCCGAAUGAGAGAGACGAUGUCUAGUGAGAGGUUGUAAAGGGAGACUCUGAACUCUCCAAUUACAGCAUAAAGAAAAAAAAUCUAUUGUAUUUUAGUGCAAUUUGUACACUAAAGAUCCUCUGAUUUAAAGUUGUAUAACUUUAAUUUCAGAGUUCUGAGAUUAAGCCUUCAGAUUAUGUUAUAUGAGAUUGCCCUCUUCUGGUCAUUCAAUGUAAAAACACUAAACAAACCCAAAUGUAACUGUGAAUAAAUUAUUUACAAGUAAA